AUGGCUCGCCUCACCCCCCUCACCCUCCUGGCAGCCGCCGCCCUCCCCAAGGCCGCCCUCGCCUGGGGCUCCAUGGGCCACGCGACAAUCGCCUACAUCGCCACCAACUUCGUCGCCCCCGAGACCAAAACCUACUUCCAGCAGCUCCUGGCCGACACCACGGACGACUACCUCGCCAACGUCGCCAGCUGGGCCGACUCGUACCGCUACACCACCGAGGGCGCCUUCACCUCCACCUUCCACUACAUCGACGCCCUCGACGACCCCCCGCACUCGUGCGGCAUCGACCUCGACCGCGACUGCGGCCCCACGGGCUGCAUCGUCUCCGCCCACGCAAACUACACCAACCGCCUGCUCCAGCAGCCCGCGCUCUCCCUCGAGCAGCGCCAGAUCGCCGCCAAGAUGGUCAUCCACUUCACCGGCGACAUCGGCCAGCCCCUGCACUGCGAGAACCUCGAGCUCGGCGGCAACGGCAUCGCCGUCGAGUUCAACGGGUCCAGCACGAACCUGCACGCCGCGUGGGACACCAACAUCCCGCAGUCCAUCACGGGCACGGGAAGCAGCGUGCUGGCCGUCGCAAAGUCGUGGGCCUCGAAGCUCAGCACCGAGAUCAGCUCUGGCGACUUCAAGACGGCGUCAAAGUGCUGGAUCGGCGGGCUGAGCCUCGAGGACCCCGAGUCGCAGGCGCUUGCGUGGGCGACGGAGAGUAACAAGUUUGUGUGCUCUGUCGUUCUGCCGGAUGGCCGUGAGGCUGUGGAGGGUAAGGAUAUUAGUGGCGCGUAUACGACGAAUGCGCAGCCUACUGUCAGCAUGCAGGUUGCCAAGCAGGGUUACAGGCUUGCCAAGUGGCUGGAUGCCAUUGUUGCCCAGCUGGCUUGA